UGAAUAUGGACCUCAGGUGCAGCAUACUUACUAUUAUACAUAUUGUGUCGAGCAACUCGAGCCUCUUACAUCAUAAUUUAUUUCCGGACACAUGUAAUUUCUUUCUUCCAUAUUUACUAGGCUAGAAAAAUUCUCAGAAAAAUUCUUAGAAUAGUCCCAAGGAAAUUCGAGCUCUAUGAGAAUCUUAAAUUGAACUUUUCGGGUUUACGUGACUACAUAUAUCAAACAUGUCAAAAGUUUUAUAAACCCCAAUUUCAAAACACUGAACAACUAAUGACAGCCGUCACAAACCCAAUUCGUCUUUCCCGCCAUUUGCCAACAGCCUAUCAAGUACAAACCCUACUUUCAUCUAUUGGAAAACCAAAAUUCACCCAACAAAAUAAAGCUCUUACUGAAGACAUUUGUGGUGAAAUCUUGGACAACAACCCAGAUAUAAGAACACUGAAAAAACUCCAUUGUAGGAUCUUCUUUGAUCAGAAUCUCCGCUCAAAUGCAUCCCUUGUCAUCAAACUGAUGAGGACUUAUGCCGCCUGUGGCGAACCCGGGGUCACACGCCAUCUGUUCGAUGAAUUUCCCUACAAGAAUGUCGUCUUCGUUAAUGUCAUGAUUAGAAGCUAUGUGAACAACCAUUUGUACCAAGAUGCUCUUCUCGAGUACAAAAACAUGUCUAGCUACAACAUUAGUCCUGAUCAUUAUACUUACCCUUGUGUCUUAAAAGCCUGUUCCGAGUCGAAUAAUUUGCCGGUUGGGUUGCAGAUUCAUGCUGCAGUUGUAAAAGUGGGACUUGAUUCCAACAUGUUUAUCGGUAACGGUUUGGUUGCUAUGUAUGGGAAAUGUGGUUGUCUAAUGGAAGCUCGCCGAGUUCUUGAUGAAAUACCCCACAGAGAUGUGGUCUCUUGGAAUUCAAUGGUUGCCGGGUAUGCAAAAAAUGGACAGUUUGAUGAUGCCUUGGAGGUUUGUAGGGAAAUGGAACUGUUAUGGGAAAAGCCAAAUGCAGGUACCAUGGCUAGCCUUUUGCCUGCUGUAACUAGCACAUCUUCGGACAAUGUUUCGUUUGUUAAGGAAAUGUUCACAAAAAUGGCUAAUGAGAGUUUGAUUUCGUGGAAUGUGAUGAUUGCAGUAUACGUGAAUAAUUCUAUGCCUGCUGAAGCACUUGAACUUUAUUCACGGAUGAAAGCUCAUGGGAUACAUCCAGAUGCAAUCACCAUUGCUAGUGUUCUUCCUGCUUGCGGGGAUCUUUCAGCUCUUCUUAUAGGAAGGCAGAUUCAUGAAUAUGUUGAAAGGAGUCGUCUUCGACCAAAUUUAUCAUUAGAGAAUGCACUGGUUGAUAUGUAUGCAAAAUGUGGAUGUUUACAGGAAGCAAGGGAAGUGUUUGAGGGAAUGCGGUUUCGGGAUGUUGUGUCAUGGACUUCAAUGAUCUCUGCUUAUGGUAAGAAUGGGCAAGGUCGAAAUGCCGUAGCUCUCUUUUCAAAAAUGCGGGAAUCUGGCCUCACCCCUGAUUCCAUUGCUUUUGUUUCGGUUCUAUCUGCUUGCAGCCAUGCAGGAUUAUUGGACGAAGGACGGUAUUGUUUUACACUAAUGACUGGAAAGUAUAGGAUGGUGCCAAGGUUAGAACAUGUUGCGUGCAUGGUUGAUCUAUUUGGGCGUGCUGGGCGUGUAGAUGAAGCCUACAAUUUUGUCAAGCAGAUGCCAAUGGAGCCUAAUGAAAGGGUUUGGGGGGCUCUAUUGAGUGCUUGUCGGGUUCACUCUAACAUGACCAUUGGGAUUUUAGCUGCAGACCACCUGUUUCAAUUGGUUCCCAAGCAGGCUGGUUACUAUGUUUUGUUAUCAAAUAUUUAUGCUAGGGCUGGUAGAUGGGAAGAUGUAACGGCCAUUAGAUUAAUCAUGAAGGGCAGAGGAAUCAAGAAAACGCCUGGUAUUAGCAAUGUUGAGCUUGAUGAUCGGGUCCACACCUUCCUCGCUGGUGAUCGAUCACAUCCACAGUCCAAGGAGAUUUAUGAAGAGUUGGAUGUAUUAGUAGGGAAGAUGAAAGAGGCAGGUUAUAUCCCCGAGACAGACUCUGCCCUUCAUGAUGUGGAGGAGGAGGAUAAGGAAAAUCAUCUAGCAGUUCACAGUGAAAAGUUGGCUAUUGCCUUUGCUAUUAUAAAUACCAGGCCUGGGACGCCAAUCAGGAUUACCAAGAAUCUACGUGUUUGCGGUGAUUGCCAUAUUGCUGCCAAGCUUAUCUCAAAGAUUUCUGAACGAGAAAUCAUUCUCAGGGACACGAAUCGAUUUCAUCAUUUCCAGAAUGGGGUUUGCUCCUGUGGUGAUUAUUGGUGAGCGGAUGUGAAGUACUCCGCACUUGCAAUGAACAAUUCACGAAGCUUUGUUAUGUGGUCACUGCAAUUACUGUGAUGAAGCCAUUAUAGAGUUUUUUUUCUAUGCUACUGCUGCUGCCUUCUCAUAAGCUUUGUGAUAAACAGUUUUCUAAUGCUGAAAUCUUGCAGCUGAGGCACCAAAUUCACUGUUACAACAAAAUGCUUACCAUACAAUCUGAUUCUAAGAGGACGUGAUAAUCUUGAUCGUGAUUUGGAUUUUUUGACUUGAUAUGUAUCCGAAAAGGAAUGUAGACCAGAAAUUCUGAAAUUUCCAACCAAAGGCUUCUGUAAUUGCACUCAGAUAAAGCUUGAAGUGAAACAUCAAGAAUGGAUUCAGAAAUCAGAUUUUUUGGUUUUUAAGCUAAUGCGAAUUUGUCCACUCAUGAGCAUCACACAGAAUAUCAGUUCAACAAUGGGAUCAACUUACAACUUCUUAUCAGCAAAGAGCAGAAUCUCUGUUCAAUGAAAAGAAUAGUCCGAGGCUCCAAGCUUUUGUAGAAGAGAUAACGGGUACAGCCCUAGACAUUGUGCACCAUUCUUUGUCCCAGAGAACAUUUGCUGCUUGGUCAUUUUCUUUUCUCCGUCAAAGUCUGGAUCAUGCUAGCUGGCUUGGAAGGUAGCAUAUCUGGUGCCUGCAAUUUACCGUUACAGUGGAUGGUAAUCUCCUCAAAUCUUGUGUGUUACUUCCUUGCGAUAUUUAUCUUUCACUCUGAUGACUUCACAGAGAACUGAUUCACAGUUUCAUCACCUUCAAGUUAGGAGCAAAAGAAGACUUGAGGCUCUAUUCAACAGUUCUCAUAAUCAUCCAAAUGAAGGAAAAUUGGUUCAUUUACUCAAUUGUCUGUUUUCCAUUGUCAGGUUGCUCUUCAGAAUGUAUAAUUGCUGAAUUUGUUGAUCCUAUCGAAUCAAAUCAUAAUACAUGAUUUUUUUUUUUUUUUCUCGGUGUAUACAACAUUUACUGAUCCUACAGAAAUUGACACACCUAGCAUGCAUGCAGAGUUCAUUUUCCUAACACCCCUACAAGACAGUAACACCAAACCGGACGAACCUUGAAUCUAUAAUUAAAGAUGCUGAAACUUCCAGGGUAUGUCGUUGUAGAUGGAUGUUGAUCUUGACAUCGAGAAUAGUUCAGGCCAAUACUGGGAUGAGCUAGCCCGGUCACUCUCUCGGUUCAGUUCAACAUUGAAGGCAUACUCACCCAAAGCUCCACAAUGUCCAUUCUAUGAUGCUCACCUAGGUGGUACUCUCCCAACUAUCUCUCUUUGAUU